CGCCCCGGGGCGGGCCCGGCCGCUGCCCCGGCGUCCCCUUCGCUCGGAGCCCGCAUGCCCAGGCCAUGGCGGCCUCGCUGAGCCGCCCGUGCUUCAUCUCCCUCCACGUGCCCUACAGGCAGGGCUGGGCCCAGGACCUGGCCGCCUCCUUUCGCUUCCAGCCCGUGGCCGUGCGGGAGACGCCGCGGGUGAGGCAGGUGGCACUGCGCCGGGGAGCCGCCGUCUUCCUCCUCAACCAGCAUCUGGUACCACCCGGGUCCUCCUCUCGAGAUUUCCUCUACGAUGUGGACCCCCAGCCCGCUUUGGGCACGGCCUCCAACGUCUGCUUCGAGGUGGAGGACGUGCCAAGGCUCUGCGAGCAGCUGCGGGGCCGGGGGUGCUCCGUGCCCGUGCCCCCCACCGAGGUGAGCGAUGACGGCGGCUCUGUCACCUACGGGGUGGUGAGGUCCGUGGUGGGCAACAUCAGCCAUACCCUGCUGGACCGAUCCCGCUACCGGGGACCCUUCCUGCCCGGCUUCCAGCCCGUGCGGGGAGCACCCCGCGAGGCGGGGGACAGGGUGGAGAUCACUAAUUUCGACCACAUCACCUACGUCUGCCCGCGGGGCGGCGCGCGGGCGGCUCUGGACUGGUACCAGCGCUGCUUCGGCUUCCAGCGCUUCCUGCUGAGCCCGCAGGAGAGGCUGGCCGAGGGCUACGUGCUGGGCGGGCAGGGGGUCGGCAUGCUCCUUCUUGCCCUGCAGAGUGCCCAGGGCUCCUCAGCCCCCAGCUGCAAACUUGUCCUCGCCGAGUCCCUCUCCAAGGACAGCCCGAACCAAGUCGACACCUUCCUAGCGCAGCACGGCGGGGCCGGGAUCCAGCACGUCGGCCUCCGCACGCCGGAUAUUGUUUCCGCCACCAGGGCCCUGCGGCAGGCUGGCGUGCGGUUCUUCACACCCCCCGCCACCUAUUACACGCAGCUGGGCAAGGAGGAAGAGAUCCGAGGGGCCGGGCAAGACCCCUGCACACUGGCAGAGCUGGGCAUCCUGCUGGACACCACGGUGCCUGGGGAGAAUGAGAGGCCGGGCGCUGAUGCCACAGAGAGCCCUUCCCGGAAUUACUUGAUGCAGAUCUUCACCCAUCCCAUCUUCUCCGAGGAAACCUUCUUCCUGGAGCUCAUUGACCGGCGGGGAGCCCCUGGCUUUGGGGAAGGCAAUAUUCGGGCGCUGUGGAAAGCUGUGCAGGUCUAUAUGGACCAGCGACAGUAACGCCAGCCCUCCUCCAGCAGCUCCCCUUCUCUCCGUCCCAGCCCUGGGCCAAUACGCCGCUGUAGGGCUUCCAGCGGGCGCCUGGCACAGCCCAGGUUGGCAGGGACAAAGGGAGGUCUCCAGCACAACCCCGAGCCAACAACACCAGUGCAGCAGCAGGUUGCUUGGGGCCAGGUCCAGUGGGGCUCUGAGCACUCCCCGGGAAGGAGGUUUCCUCCCACUCCUUGGGCUCCCACUGAUUUAUCAGCCUUACAUUAAUAGCAUUCUGCCUUAAUUUCGUGUAAAUCUAAUGAGACCUGUGCCUGCAGCACGGCUGUGAGCACUGCUGGCACAACAACCCCAUGUGGGGGGAUGAGGAGAGCGCUACGGACACUGCAGCUCACCACCACUUACCACCCAGAGCAUCGCCAGCCCCCAAAUAGGGAAAGCGACUGCCUCUUUGUCACCUAAAUUAAAGAGUUAACCUGAGAGAUCAUCA